UAUCAGAAUCAGACGAAAACUCAAGAGAUUGACAGCGGAACUACAAUACGUUAUUCAGAUCAUGCUACUAGCGCCAUGACAUUGAUAUUGGAUAGACCAUUUUUAUGAUUAAGGGAUACACAUUGAAAACGGCGGAAAUUUUGGAUUGAAGGUACAGGGACUUCACAGUCACUUAGUUCACUGCUUAAAAUGUUUCUACGGUGUUUUUAGCUAGCUAAUGUAGCUGACUAAUAGCUGACUAGCUAACUAUAACUCAACUACUGUGCUAGGAACCUAAGACAAUAUUGUUAUCUUAACAAUAAGAACAUUAGAUGGUUAUCUGGAUAAGUAAAUAGUAGACCUAUCUCCUAGUUUGUUCAAAUGUAACAUAGACACUUUAAAUUACCUACAAGCAUACAGGCAAUUUACACUUGCCUGCUCCACCCGGACCAUAACUCAUGUCUCGUCAUGCCCAACAACAGCACAGCAUGUGUUUCCAGAAAAUUGACAGCCUGACAUUUGACAUCAAGGCAUGUAGAGACAACAACGAGAGGGAUUAUAGUUGUUCCUAUAUUGCUUUUACUGUUCAACGUAAACUGAAUCGAAUCGAGACAGACCGACUAGACGACCGUUUGAGAGAUGAAGAAGAGAGAAGAAACAGACCAGAGACGAGAUGACAGACAGGCAUGCGAUGAGAGGAUGGAGACAGUAUGGCGAGAAGAAGGGAGAGGAUCAGCCCUUCCUUGUGACCAGAUGGGUAUAAAAUUCGCCCCCCAACUCCUAAAAAAAAAUUCAAAUGAAGAAGAUGGCACUCUGGAAAAUAAACAUACUGAAGAGAAAGUAGGAAAUAAGACGGAAAGAAUCUAUGAAGAUUCGAUGAGAUUCAGUCUGAGAGAGUCGGACCAACAACCCGAGGCCCCCGUCAUCAUUCCGCCUGCUAUCUCUCCAUCACUUAGCCUCACAGACACUUGGGCUCCCUCGGUUUCAAACCGUUCCCCUCCCUCCAUCAGCGCCACUCCCUCAUUCUCCUCGCCAUCCCCCUAUUCUUCACCUGUGCCAUCUCUGACACCUCCCCUGCCCCCAUCUGUGGAGCUCUCUGCGGUGCUGAAUGACACCAGGUUGACCCUCGAUGUGUACAAAGGUGGGGCAGCUGUGCUACAGGUACUCUGGAGGAGCCUGCCAGGUCAUCUGAGGGGGGUGCAGUACCUCAGACUGGGGUCAGAGGACAAGGCAGGGCUGGAUGGAGCUCUGGAGGUCCUACCCCACCUUACUCAACUCCGUUCUCUUGCUAUCCGAGGCCACCGUUUAUGUGACACUCAAGGCAGCCUGCUUCCUGGCCUUCUCACAGCUCUUCCCAGCUCCUUAACCUCUCUCUCCCUUCUCAAACACCUGGAUCUCUCCUUUAAUGCUCUCUCCUCCUUUCCCCUGUGCCUUGUGUCCCUGCCCCAUCUCUCCUCCUUGCUUCUCUCUCACAAUCAACUCACUACUUUGCCUCCUGAUAUUGGCCAGCUGUCAUCCCUCAGCUACCUCACCCUAUUGGGGAACCAGUUAGUUUCUGUCCCACAGAGUCUGGGCCAGUUGAAAACCCUGCAGAAUCUGGACCUUUCUUACAAUUUCCUACAGAGUCUACCUGAAGAAAUUGGUGCACUGGAAGCGCUGGUCAAAUUACAGUUGUCCCACAACAAUCUAAAGCGACUACCAGAGACCAUGGGUUCCCUCCUGUCUCUCAGGGAGCUCGUCAUCCAUAGCAAUGACCUCCGUGUUAUUCCACAGUGCCUCACCUUUCUGCCCCUGCUUGAGAUGGAUGUGCGCAACAACCCCAUCGGGAGCCCUCCGACCCCUCCUCCACUCCCACCUGCAGCCGAAUGUGCUGAAACAAGCAUUCCGGAGUUGCACCUUGGAUUUGACCAGCACAGUUUCUGUGUGUCAUCUGCUGGCUGUCAUGUGUUCCUCCCUGGAGCGGGAGAGCUGCUGUUCCCCCCAGGGUGCCUGGUGAAGAACACGAGACUGAAGUGGGCCGAGAAACUGCCAGACAGGAAGUGGGUGUGGCUAGAGGAGCAUGACUUCCUGUUGAGUCGUCCACUUGAACUUCUCCCUCAUGGAGUUACAUUUUUGAAGCCUGUGGAGGUGUGUGUGCCAUACCAUGGUGCAAGGAGACGGGAGGUGGUUGUGCGCAGGUUUGACGGACAGUCAUGGAGCACACUACCCACGUUGACUAGGAGGGGAAGUCAGAACCACAGCAGGCACCCUGGAGGUCGCCCUGCCAGGCUGGCCUGCUGCUCUGUGACUCACUUCUCCUGGUUUGUGGCCGUGUCUCGGCCAGUGAGGGACAGCUGCUCUCUCACUCCACAGGGGGCGCUUCUGGUGUCGAGCUCUGACCCUGGAGUGAAACUGCACUUCCCCUCUGACUCCACACUGCAGACCCGAGUCAUUACUUUACAGGUGUUGCAGGUUUCUGUGGCCGAGGUCCAGGAGUUGUCUGCAGACCGCGAGGCCUGUGUCAGCCCCCUGCUGUGCCUCUCUCAGAAUCCCAGCAUGGACUUCCUACAGCCAGUCAAGGUGCAGAUCCCUCUGCCUUCCGGCCUGACAGGACAUACUGUGGACAUGGCUUGUCUACAUCUGCUCCACGGAGACCCCAGCGCCCACACCUGGACAGACAUCACGUCACAGGCAUCUCUCUGUGUCACCCACCUCUACGCCAUCUUCUACAUAACACACUUUUCCUGGUAUUGGCUAUGGUACACCACGCAGCGCUGUGUUAGUGGGGUGGUAAGGAGAGUCUAUCAAAGGCUAAAGCAGUUUCGAGUCCAAUUCUUGGUUCAGCAGAGGAAAACCGACCCCAAACAAGUUCUCCUACAGUGUCUCCCUGCUAACAAAGUGGACGGCAGAGUGGCGUCUCUGUCUGUCCAGUACGAUGGACCGCAGCCCUCCGACCUGUGCGACCUGCUGGAGGGGGAGCAGUUCUUUGCUGGCUUUGAAAGGGGCCUGGAUGUGAAUGCAGACAGGCCAGACUGUGUGGAGGGACGCCUGUGUUUCGUUUUCUACUCCCGCUUGAAGAACCUUAAAGAAGUGUAUGUCUGUCCUUCCCAAGGGCAGGACGGGCCAGUGAGGGGACAGGUGUCCUUUUAUCGAGGGGAGGUGCCCAAUGAUCUGCCGGUGGAGGUGUCUAGAAAGAGGAAGGGGAACGAUAGCCAAUGGCUGGCAACGUUACCACUGAGACUUCCUGCUCUGAACUCGGAGAAGCCCCACAUGGAGGACUACCAGUACCCUCCCCUCAAUCUGGGAGACCCCGAGAGUGGCUACCUGACCGAGGCCAACCUGCUGGCCAUCUCCCUGCAGAUAGGACAGGACUGGCGUACAAUUGGUAUCAACCUGGGUAUAAGCUACCAGGAGCUAGACCGCAUCCAGUACAAGUACAGAGAUAACCUGGGAAGCCUGGUCCUGGACAUGCUGUUCCACUGGGCUCGCGGGCAGCAGGGCGCGGGCCCGGGGGUCAUGCCAAAGCUGAUCGAGGCCAUGGAGGAGAGCGGCAGGAGGGACCUGGCCGAGGAGAUCCAGGACAUCGUCAGCCUGGGCAGGAGGAAGUACAGCGAGUCUCUGAGGAGAGUGGGGCUGGAUGAAGAGGCGUCCUCUGCCCAAGGCGAAGGCACACACCCACACGUUCAGCAGUAGACGUGCCAACGCUGGGGUACAGAUGGCGUCUUCACACAUGAGCCACUCGGAACGCUCCACCAGAACGUUGGGACGCCAUGACGUGCCACCAUCAUCUCUUCCUGCUGCCUGAGAAGCACGGUGUCCUGUGGCGCGUUGCAAGGGCAGAAGGGGGGCUGUUGCCGGUGUCUUUGUGGUGUUCGUGGUGUCAGGUCCUGGCUGCUCAUCUCAGAUGACAUGCUGACGUUCUUGCUGAUAAAUGAACUGACUCAUCACAAGUGUUUUCACUCCUUUGCUGCCAAUGUUUGUGCCUUUUGUCCAUUCUGAUACCUCACAUUUUUCAAUGGACAACCUCGCAUGUUUCAGCGGACAAGCGAUUUGUCACAGUAACAGACUUUUGGUUCUGCUGGUUUAGAAACAUUCAGUGAUAUUAUGAGAUUUAAACAAAUGUUUUGUUGUAAAUGUCCUGUGAGUAAACAAUUAUUGUGAUAUAAAAGGGGUAUGGAUGUACAGUCA